AUGGGAAUAAGCAUCUGUCCAAAGUAGCGUCCUUCUACGAAGCAAGAAGUCCUAGUUCAAGUCUCAAUAAAGAGACCUCCAUUUACCGUGAAACUGGAGAAAAUCUUGAAAAUCCAAUUAGAAGACGACACUAUAGAGAGAGAAGACUCUCCAUAACUCGCUCAGCUACAGAAGACUGAAAUGGAUGAGUUAAAGAUGUCCUUUACCGCAUAACAGUCAGAAGAAAUGGACAAUACAAUAUCACAUCCUUGGCUAAAGAAGAAUUGCCCAUAACCAAUAUGUAAUGAAAGCUCAGCUAAGAAUGACCUAUAGAAUAUAUCAUUCGAACCAAACAGCACUAGUUUUGAUUUGCUGAAACCUAAAUCAAUCCUUAGAAUCCACAAAAAUGGCAAUCCUAGUUCUGAACACAUCUCAAAUGAUCAACAAUCCAUAGCAUCUAUUAAAUCAAACAAAAAGGUUAGUUUUGAUAAACAAGUUUAAUUCAGCAAUUUUAGAAAGCACUGA